GGCAAUGCGGCUAUUUUUAUUCCCACUUGACAGUUAAAGUGUGUAUACUGUAUAAGAUUUUUAAGUGUCUUGGAAACAGACAACCCUAUCAGUAUUUUUAAGCUUUGCUAUGCAGCAGAAUCUACCCUAUUCAUCGAAUGUAUUGGCAUGAUAUUUUAACCUAGUAUUCUUCGUUUGUUAUCAAACAUGGAUAGUUGUCACAAACUGCCAAUUGAUGAGGCCGAACGUCGAUUUCAACUAGAUUUGGAGAAAGCUAAAGCUUUGUCUUUGGAAACAGCUGCAUUGGACAAAUUCAGGCAAGAAAAGCUAAAAGAGUCGGCCACAGUCCCUCGUACCAGUCGAGAACCCAGUCCUGUCUAUGCCACAGUUGGAGCAAAAAGUGUUAGUUCUUCUCGGAGUCCAUCAAUGGAAUCAUCUUCUCCCAGAGUUCAGAUCAAACCCAGACCAAGACCUGGUGGCUCCAAUUCCCAAAGUUUGGGACUGGUUCCUCCACCAAUCCCCAGAAGGCAACUGUCACAAUCCCCAAUUUCAAAUGAUCUGAUUAAUCUGAUGUCACCAGUCAGGGCCACAUCCUCAGAUCCUGAAGACUCAUUUCUUUUUCAAGAACUAGAUUUGGCCUUUCCAAACUUGAAUGGGCCACCAAACAGAUCCAGUCGUCAUGCAGUCUUCAUACCCAAUAAUCGUACAUCAUUUCAAAAUAUGCCUCCACAUCUGAUUAAGCCGUUACCAACAAGUCCAAUACUCCCUCCACCUGUGCCCCCAACACCUAAGCUCAACACAGUCACAAGGGGACCUGUUUCAUUUGACGAAAGCAUCCUCAAUCGGAAUCUUAUUGACCUAGCAGUCGAAUCCACUCAUCCUCGCUACAGCAUCCUUCGCGCUUUUGACCCUCUGCUCAAUUCCAACCCUCUACCCGAGCAGUCGGUGACUCCCGUUGCUUGUAGCACUUCUUCAACAGAAAAGAAUAAGACAGACGACUUUUUUCUCGAUCAAGAUUAUGACCCGUUUGACUAUUUUCUCGGCUUGAGCCAGAGAUCAUUUGAAGAUCCAUCUACGGUUCACGCCAGUAGCAUUCCCGAAACCAUCUACGAAGUGCUGACGAAAGAGCAAUCGCCUGUCAAACCAACCACGACGUCAAAUAAAAGACAGUCUAUUGUUCCACCAGCACAUAAAAAUAAGGAUACCUCACUAAAGGUAAUAGUGACGGGAGUUGACACCGGUGCCGGAGACUUGGGACUGGUCACGUUUGUCAACCUAGUUCGUGAAGUUCGAACCCGUUUCAGAUAUGAUGAAACCGAAACCAAUGCAGGUUACGUGACUAGUCCAAUGGUGGCUUCAAGUUACACCGAAUCCAUAUCGGUUAAAUUGGCGGUACAUUUAUCAAUGGACCAUCCAAUAAUCAACUUCACAUGUGAUAUUAGCAGUCAGGUGAAUCACGUAAUCAGCCACGUUGUUUGUGAGUUGGGUGCCACUAGCCAACUCAAACCGGAAGAAUAUGCGCUAAAAGUUUGGGGCAUGGCUGAAUUUUUAUUGCCUAAUUCGUGCCUUUGCGACUACGAAUACGUCCACCAUUGUAUCAAGCUGGAGAAGGAUGUGUUAUUGUGUUUGCUCCACGUUGAUGAAGUGCCCAAACCUUUGUUACGUACUGCUGAGGACGACAUCAAGGAUGUCCAAAUCCAGGUUGAAGAUCUAUUGUCGAGACAACCAGCUGAUGCACUCACUCACGCUUCGAUCGCCGUUCUCAUUGAUACGAUACACGGAGAGAUCGACCGUCUCUUAGCAAACGUUAGCCAGACACAACCUAAAGGCUUGCUUCAAUCUGUCAAAGGUAAAGCUAAUUAUUUUUUCAACGCUCCGUCAGUUUUCAAUAAUAAAGUUGUCUUAUUGUUUUGUUUUUUUCCCUUUUCAGCUCUCUGCUCGUUGCUAGGCUGUAUUGAAACCAUAGACUUGACAAUGGCCUUAGACAACAUUGUAUUCACUUGUAACAACUCUAACACAAAGGGUUCCAAUCGGGCCGAAAUCGUCGGUGAAGACGGCCCUUAUUCCAUGGUUGUUCUCCCUGGUCAAAAUCGUUUGCGAACGAAUUGCCUGGAACUCAUCGUUGCCAUUCGUAAACUUAUGAGUGCUUACACUUACGCCUUCCGUGUUAAUUUUGCUCUGCCGCCUGCGCCUGGUUCCGUCAAAAUUUACGAAUCGUCUGGAGUUCUAGACUGCGUCGGCUUCCGCGUAGGGGCGCUGCACCGGUUGGAAUCCACCUGGAAUUUCGACACGUAUGAAGUGAGGAUCGAGCUUUUACACGGCGUUACAUCGGUCGGUCGUAGCCAAUUAGUAUUCGGUACAGCCAGUUCCAGGACAGCCGUUUUCUUCCCGAACCGGAUCGUCUUUGACGAAGUGAUUAGUUUCAGUAGCGUGGCAAUUUGUACUCUGCCCCGCGAAUCUCGCCUUGUUCUUACCGUCUAUGGCCGAAGGAAAAGGGCGGAUGGUGAUCCAGGAAAUGGAUCAGAAGCCGAGCACGUCGAACUUGGAUGGACGGCGCAGAAUUUUUUCCGUUACGGUGAUCCAAAUUGGACUCUGGAACAAGGUAAUCGCCUUCUUCCUUUAUGGCCUCCAGCUUCGGAUAAACGCUCAGGCUACGUACCCACAGCCGGACGCCAUCCUCGUGGUCAUCUAACCCCAUUGCUUAGCAUAGAAAUGCCUGAUUUGGAUGAUGCCGACAUCCAAUUUCCUCAAGUUGAUCCCAUCCCGAUUGGCGAACUUCGUGAUUUUAGCGCUUUAGAUGAUAAUACGCAACGCUCUCUUAUGGAUAUCAUCCAAAGUGGAUCUUUUGCAAAGAUGGAUCUCUAUCAACGCGAGCUUUUAUGGGAGAAACGCCAUUAUUUGACGGAAGAACCUGCAGCAUUGACUAAGGUGCUUCAGGUGGCCCAGUCGUGGGACUGGGAAAGUCUGUCAGACCUUUAUGGCCUACUGCAAUCAUGGAAAGCCUUGACGCCCCUUGAAGCGCUCCAGCUACUUUUACCCUGCUUUCCUGACAUUGAAGUCCGUCGUUACGCUGUGGAAUGGCUUCGCCCCAUCUUAUCAGAUGAGCUGGUCGAUUACCUGCCGCAGCUGGUAGAGGCGCUAAAGCUAGAACCUUUCGAUCAUUCACCGCUUAUGGUGUUUCUUCUCGAGAGAUCAUUAAGUUCACCUCAAGUGGCACAUUCUCUUUACUGGCUCCUUGUCCAGCAGCUUCCUGGACCCAGUCCUCAGAAUUCUGACUUCGCCGAAGCCUAUUUUGAGGGCGCUGAUCCACGGUAUUCUGGCAGAUUACAGUUGUUGUUGCGUUCAGUUCUGGCGACAUGUGGAGCCGCCUUACGCCAUAGAUUCCUCAGUGAGCAGAUGCUUGUUCAGCAACUUGAUUCGUGCGCCGAUGUAGUUAAAUCUACCAAAGAGUCGCAACGCCUCAGCACUCUGCUUCGCGAACUAGAGCCAAUUCACUUUUCACUUGGGAACAAUCCCACCUCUCUUCCUAUCGGUCCCAGUCUCCAGGUUAACGGACUGGAAGUCCGUCAAUGUUCGUAUUUUCCAUCCAACACGCUUCCACUUAAGUUAGCUUUCCAUUCGGCAGAGCCUGAAGUGAAUGAGAAUUCUCUUGUCAGUGCAAUGUACAAAGUUGGCGAUGAUCUGCGUCAAGAUAUGCUCACCCUCCAGAUGGUGCGCAUUAUGGACAAAUUAUGGCGGAAGGAUGGCCUUGAUCUGAAAAUGGUCACCUUCAGUUGCGUUCCCACCGGACCUAGGCGAGGGUUUGUCGAGCUUGUUACCGGCGCUGAAACUCUGAGGCGGAUUCAAAUCGAACAUGGACUAACGGGCUCGUUCAAGGAUAGACCAAUCGCCGAUUGGCUGGCCAAGCAUAACCCUUCACCGCUCGAAUACGAGAGAGCCGUGCACAAUUUCACGGCUUCCUGCGCCGGCUAUAGCGUGGCCACCUACGUUUUCGGCGUUUGUGAUCGACAUAAUGAUAAUAUUAUGGUCAAAUCCACGGGCCACCUUUUCCAUAUUGAUUUCGGGAAAUUCCUCGGUGAUGCACAGAUGUUUGGUAAUUUCAAACGGGACCGUACACCAUUCGUUUUGACUUCUGACAUGGCUUAUGUCAUCAACGGUGGUGACAAACCAUCCCAAAAAUUCCAACACUUUGUCGAUUUAUGUUGUCAGGCUUUUAAUAUAGUCCGGCAGCACAGCAAUUCCUUACUUCACUUACUGGCGUUGAUGGCCACCUCAAAUAUUCCGGGCGUCAAUGCCGAUGCCAUUAGCUUCGUCCAGAAAGCAUUGCUUCCAGACAAAUCCAAGGCGGAGGCGGCGGCCGUUUUUUCACGCAUGAUUGAGGACUCUCUCCGCUCUUGGUUCACCCAAUUUAAUUUCUUCCUACACAAUCUGGCCCAGCUGCGUUUUCAUGGAGACCAUAAUGACGACCGACUUUUAUCGUUUGUUCCGAAGACCUUCACUCUCGCCACCGAUGGUCGAAUAAUUGAGGCGCGAGUGGUCGGCUUUCAAAAGCGCUAUGAUUCGGAAAAGUACUACGUUUUCAUCGUCAGCCUUCGACGUGAAAAACAAUCAGAAAAUAUGUAUUUGUUCCGCACGCAUCGGGAGUUUUCUGAACUCCAUCAAAAACUGUGUCUCCGCUUUCCAUUGGUUUCCAGCCGCAUUUUGAGCUUGUCGAAAGGCGUCUAUCUAGGUCGUAGUUCAGUCAAGGCUGUAGCCGAGAAGAGACGCACCGAACUGGACCAGUUUCUCACCAGUUUAUUUCAGUUAGCCCCGGAAAUCUGUCACUGCGAUCUAAUCUACACUUUCUUCCAUCCGCUGUUGCGCGACCAGGACGAAGAGGCCAAUGUUUAUGUCACCAAGUGGCGCAACAAGUCGUCUUCGAGUCGCAGUGUCUCCAACGCCAAUGGUCACGUACAAGGCGAGUUGAAACUAUCGAUCCAGUAUACGAGAGGCGAAUUGCAUGUCAUGAUCCAGCAUGGUCGCGGUUUAGUAGGUGGCAACGCGGCAACUUCAGUCAACAAUGCCGCAGCCGAGUUGCCAUGCCCUUAUGUCAAGACGUACCUAUUGCCAGACAUGCAUAAGAUCACCAAGCGUAAAACGCGCGUCAUUCGCCGCAAUAUUCACCCCACGUUUAUGGAAAUGUUGGUGUACCGUAUGCCACUUGAGAGUAUACAGAAGCGCCUUUUGCAGGUGUCCGUUUGGAGUUACGACCGAGUUCAGGAGAACCAGUUCCUCGGUGCGGUCAAUAUCCCCCUCGAGUCGCUCAGUCUUACCGAAGAGCAUGUUGCCUGGUAUCCGCUGGGUCAUCUUCACAUGUGACAGACAGAAAACGAAAAUCAAAUUUUCUAGCUAUAAAUAUUUGACGACCUGGUGGGCCGACUAUUCCUGCUGCUUCUUCUGGGUGUUAUUUCUCCGCUUGUUUCUAUCUCAUUAACAAGAAGAAAAAAAUUGCGAGCCACCAAACUCAAAACAUAUUCACCGUAAAAAAACAAAAGAAAACAAAAAAUAUCUAAUCCUUUUUCAUUUUCUUUUCUUUUUUUUUUAAACUUCUAAUGUAUUUUUAAGGGUUGUGCAGUUCUGAAUCGUAUCUGCACUUUUUAGAACCAAAAUUCUCCGCCGUUCCGUUCUUGCAAUGAAUUUGAUAAAGAUGUCUAGUUGUAUUUUUCCCUCCUUUAGCGAAAUCCUCGGAAUCCUUCAACCCCCUGCUCUCCAAAAAUAAAAUUGGAAUCCAUGUCUAAAAUAAAAUACAACACAAUAAUUUAAAAUGUUA